AUGGCCCCACUGGCUCAGACCCUGGCACUGCUGGCAAUGGCCAUUGCUACCACGGCUGUUGAGGUGGUGACCCUGGACAUGGCCCCGUACUCCUUUGAUGACCAGUACCAGGGCUGUGGCCCUGCCAUGAAGGCAGCAUUGCCAGCCCUCAACAACUCCGAGUUUGAGCAGAAUGAGAAGUUUGCUGAGGUUUGGGUAAAGGCUGCAGCCGAGUGGCAGAGACGGGGGCCCCCUGAGUCCCCUCUGUCUCCAGAGCAGGCCACUGCCAUUAUGGCCUUCACAAUGGAUGGCCUGUCCAGCAUGUUCAAUGAUGCUGUGCGUGUGGCCGGGCGUUCUGACAUGGAAUACCGGGACAACUUCCACUUCAAAACGCUGCAUUUCCUGCUGACCGAUGCCCUGGCAACGCUGCGGGAUGCUCAGAAAGGGAAGUGUCUUGAUGUUUUCCAGAGGGUUUGUGGGGUCUGGUUUGAGGCACAGCAUGGUGAUAUCAUCCGGUUCGGUGAAUUCAUGUUGGUGUCCCUGAGCAAACCAACUGGCGAGUGUUCCAAUGACACGGUGCUCGAGCUGCACACGUGCCAUGGCGUGGAAAUCCAGUUUUUCACUGAACAUCCAGAAGAGAAGGUGGUGCUGAUGCCACCCUUUGAGACCUUCAAUGUCACCCAAAUCACCCAGGAAGGAAACAAGACACAGAUCCAGCUCCUCUCCACCGGGACCUUCAGCGAAUUCAACUGCGUGUGGUGUGAGGUUGGAGCAUCCCCAGCACCCCUUUCCACCUCAGAGGACUCCUCCUAG